CGUGUGCUUCUUUUAGCAGUAUAAUUACUUUGUGGUAUUUGUAUAUUGUAAGAAUUACACGCACUGGAAUAAACUAUACGAUACAAAUAAUGUUAUGUUUAAUACAUGGUCUGUAGUUGUAUUCUUCACAAAUAAUGUUAUCAGUUAUCAGUGAUUAAAAAUUCCGGCACUCAAUUGCCUAUCGGUGUUUCUUAAAUUAUUCUUUCAUUACACUCGUAUUAUUAAUCUAUUUUAUUAGGUAUAUUAAUUUCAAGCAUGUUUUAAGUGUGAUUUUAUAAUAAAGAAGAAGAUUUCUGUUCAUAAUGGACUUAGGCCCAAGACCAAUCAUUCAGGAAUCAUCAGAAUCAGAUAAUGAGGUAAUAUAUAAUGUUAUUUUGAAUAACUUUAGUUUAUAAAAUAAGGUCUAAUAAUAGUUUAUUUUAGAAUAUAGAUACAUAAUUAUAAAUAUACUGAAUAUUGUCUGUUUAAUUUUAGUCUGAGCCAGAUGUAUUGGUACUGGAUACUGAUAAUGAUUUUUCUGAGAUUGAAGAUCCUUGUAAGCCUACUGUUAAUCGCAACAAUAUAGCGUCAGUUUGGAGAGAUAUUGUUGUCGGAGAACAGAUGGAAGGAUGCCUAACUCGUCUUGAAGUAACAACUAACACUGGAUAUGCUGAUAUAGAUGAUCCAAAUCACAGUUGCCGUAAUCCAUGUUACUCACAGAUGUAGUUACCUUUUAAAUAUUUAAUAUAUGUUUAAACUUGUAUCGUUUUUAAAUUUAACGGAGCAUUAAAAUAAUUACAAGUUAAAAAACUGCAUAAAUCUAGUUUAGUGCCCAUGCGAUUUUUUUUCAAAAUGUUUGGUUUUAUGUGUACAUUAAGAAUAUAAAAAAAAAAAUUAAGGCAUACAAACUUUGUUUUGAAAUUAUGAAGUUAAACUUUAGAAAGUUCGGGUUUUCCGUUUCGAGUAUUUCUUAGUUAGAAUUUAACAUUUUCAAAUUUUUUGUUUUCAAAAUGUGUGUUUUUUAAAUACUUAAUGUAUUGUUAUAAUCAAAAUUUACCUAUCAUACUUUUAUAGUUUUUAUACAUAAAUCUUGAAAAAUAGCAUUUUUGGAAUUUAUCCAAAAUAUAGUUCUAUAAUUGACAUUUCUUUUUAUUAUUAUUACUUUUAAUUAUUGAAAUUUUUUAACAAAUUUAUUAAUUUUAUUACAAAGUUUAUUGAGGUCAGAAUAAGGCUAUUUGGCUUGGUUUUAGAGUUACAAACGUUCAAACGCAAAGUGUUAUGCUGCGCUACAUGAGCGAUUGACCCAACCAGGUUUCUCUAGGUGCCCCUAAAUGCUUUUCACUUUUCCCUGUUAUUUACUCGACGUGGUUUUGCACCAAAAAUUGAGGGUUAUUUCCGAUUAAAAUUGUACGAGUCAGCGCAAUGUAACACUUCCCAUUUGAACGCUAGUAACCCUGAAACUACUUCAGAUAGCCUUAUUCUGACUUCAAUAAAAAACUUUGCUAUCAAAAUUUCAAUAAUUACAAAUAAUAAUAAUAAUAAUAAUAAUAAAAAAAAUGUCAAUUUUUGACCACAUUUUGGAUGAAUUCCAAAUAUGCCAUUUUUAAGGUUUAUGUACAAAAACUAUAAAAGCAAGUAUGACAGGUAAGUUUUGAUUAUAAUAUUGAUUAAGCUUUAAAAAAUACACAUUUUGAAAAAAAAAAAAAUCAAAAAAUAGAGUGGGCUCUAAAUUAAAUUUGUUCUAAAGAAACUAUAACAGUAGAAUUUAUUAUAAUUAUCUCAUAUGGUGUAGUUGAUUUAUUUUUAUUCACAUUUAAAAUGGUUAAUAUGAGACUAUUUUAUUUAUUAGGGACUAGAUUAAAUGUAAAAUACAUUUUUUUUUUUUGUAUGAUCUUAGACAAUGUAUUCCAAGUACAUAAUUUGUUUCAUGUAACAUACUUCAAGGCGAAUCUUUUAUUUUGUCUUUUUCAGUCAUUUUGUUAGUUUUAAUAUAUAUAUUAAUAUAUAAAAUUAUAUAAUAUAUAUAUAUAUAUAAUUUGUACAUUAUAUAAUUUAAUAAUUGAAAUUUAGCCAAUUCAAAAUAUUAUCGUAAGAUAUUUGGUUUCCUUUAAUGUUUAGUUUAAUAGGUUUUCAGGUUUUUCUUACAGUGUGUCAACUGUUCAAGGAUUUUGAUAACAUUUUUAUUUCUUCUUUAUUAAUGAUUGUGAAUGAUUUAUGUGUCCAUUAAUACCAUUGUUGCAGCAUCAAGUCAAAUUUUUCAUUAAUUUUUUUUUUAAAUUUAAUGUAGGAACUAUAGCCAAAAACGAAAACGAGAUCAAAAUCAGGAAACAAUUAAAAAGACUGAAAAUAUAACUGAUGCGUAAGUAUCAAUUUAGAUAUAAAUGCAGUUAAGCUCCCAAGUAAUUUUUUGGAUUUUUUUUCCAAAAUGUGUGUUUUUGCAUGCUUAAUUUGAUGGUAUGUUAAAAAAAAAAAGUCUCAUAUUUCAUUGGGAAGUUAUAGUUAAAAAACUUCUAAAUGCUCGAUUUUUUUAAAAAUCGUGUUUUUGAGUUUAAAAUAUCAAAAAUUUACUUUUUUGGACUUUUUUUUCGUUUGGUGUGUUAUUACAUAAAGAAGUUUUCGGAUGCUAAUUGCCAAACUUAACACAUUAAAAUGCGCUCAUGGACAUCCUCUCAAGUUAUGUUUGAAAGUUAAGUAUAUUGACAGAUGUAUAUGGAGAUGUCGAGAUUAUUCCAAGAAUUCACAUAAAAAAAAGUAAAUUUUAAAACUAUGAAAUAUUUUAUUAUUUAUAAUAAUAAUUUGACAUUAUAAUCAUUGUAUUAAUUUUACCAUGCCUUUCAUUAUAAUUAGGUUUUACGUGGUUUAUUAAAAAUAACAUUAAAACUACGUAUGAUAAGUGAAUUCUGAUUCACCAAAAUGUUAAGCAUAUAAUUCCUAUCAUAAAAAUAAAAUUACAAAAAAUUAAAAUUUUUGGUAUUUUAAACUGAAAAACACGAUUUUAAGAAAUAGUGAGCAUUUUGAAGUUUUUGACCAUAACGUCCCAAUGAAACUUUAGCAAAUUUUUUUGAACGUACCUUUAAAUUGAGCAUGGAAAAACACAUAAUUUGAAAAAAAAAAUAUAAAAAUAUCGCUUGGAACGUAAAUUGCAUUCGUUCCUCAAUUUAUUACUAUCUAACCUUCAUUUCUUCUUUCUCUUUCACCUUUGCAGUUGCUACAAAAUCCCUUCUAGAUUCUCUAUCUUGGGUGUACUAUUCAAUCUAAACAAAUAAAAUUAUUUUUUUAGAAAUUGUGAUUUGGACUUGCACUCUGUUGUGAAGAAAAUUUGUACUAAUAGUGAUAAUAGUGAUACUAACAAAAGUAAAUCUAAAAAGAAGAAAAAAAAAAAGAAAAAGAAAAAUAAUAGUAACAAUCAGACUUUGAAUCAUUUGCCUAAUAUUAUUAAUCUAGAAGAAAAACUAUUGAUUGAACUUUCAAAUGAUUUGUGUACGAAUCUUUGUGAGUACAACAAGGAUUUAAUGUGUAAGUACCUACAAUUACUUAGGGGGAUUCAUCUAUGUAAAACUUAAAAGUCAUAUAAAUAAUUUUAGAAUAGAAGAUGAUUUCACCAUGUUCUUGUCCAGAAAAUAGUGCUAAAAAUCAGGCACCAGACUUAGAAUCUGAGUCUCUUGUUGGUUGAUUGUUCUACCAACUGAGCAAUCUAGAGUCUGACUUCUAACACUAUUUCCACUGGAUUAGAACGCUCUAAUAUCUUGGGUUUGGGAGGUUCGGUGGAGUAAUCGCAUGUAAGGUUUAGGGGAUGCUUGAGGUUGUAUCGAAGAAGUAUAUUUAUAACAAAACCUUAACAAUAAUAUUAUUUUUAAAUUUAAUACUAUGUAUGUUAUGUAUGUUUUGUUUAUAGUGUCUGUUAUUUCCAAACUUGACAGAAAAAUUAUACUUGAAAAAUAUAAUAAGACUCGUUUAAUAGUAGCUAAUGGUGGAGAAAUGACAAAGGUUUAUUAAUUAUUAAUUAAAUAAUUAAUAAUUAAUUUUUAUACAAAUUGUAAUUUACUCAUUAUAUUUUUGAUUUAGAAUGGUGAUCGUAAACGUACACCUGGAGGAGUUUUUUUUAAUUUAAUUAAACAGGAUAAGUCAAUUCCAAAUAAAGCGAAAAUUGAUUUAUAUGGCUUUUCUCAAAAUAAAACUUUGAAAAAUAAAAUUAAACAAGAAAAAAGAAAACGAAAAAAAGAAGAACUAAAAAAAAUUAUUUCUCGGGACAAGAAAGAAGGUAUUCAUAAUUAAUUCAUUUUUUUUAGUUAAUCAGCAUGAAAAAUAUUACAUGACAAACCUCAUAAUACAAUAACCAAUGAAAUUAAUCUUUAUUUCAGUAAAAUUAAAAAAUAUAUAAUAGGUAAUUUUUUAACAGUUAUAAGUAUUUCAAUUUUAAUAAAUUUAUUUACUAAUAAAACAAUGAUUAUACAAUUAAAUCAUAAAAGAAAUACUAUUGGUUUGCCCACUAAAAACUAUGGGUGUGAUGUGAGUAGUAAUAAAGUAGUUUGUAAUAAUAAAUAUAAUACUAGGUAUAAUAAAAGUAGCAGUACCUAUUUCUAAAAGAAGAAAAUAAGGAUGAAUAUUAAACAUUUUUUAAAGAGAAAAAUUUAAAAAAUCUAUAGUAUAAAUUUAUUGUUGAUGUAAUUUAAAGUUAUUACCAAAAGAACAUAAAUUAAUUUAUAGAAAAAAAAAAAUUUUACAAAAUACAAAUUAUAUAUAAAACUAAUUAAAUUACCUUCUCAUUCUUGGGAUAGUAAUACUAAUUGAAUUAUUGUUCCUAUAUAUCCAUAUAUUAUGUUAAAUUUAUGUGAAGUUAAGUUUCAAUAAUUUCUUUAAAUUGAAAAUACUAAGGACUUUUAAAUGAUAUGAUCUAUACUUAAUUUAUAACUAUACUGCCCUCAAUCAUCAAAAACGCCAAGUUACUAAAAAGAAUUCAAAAAAAUGUUUUCUAAUUCAUAACACCUUGUAUAUUUUACUUCUUAAUAUAUAUUUGUAUACUUAAUUUUGCCUUAUAAAUGCAAUGGAAAAAAAUAAUUUUUGAAGUACUUAUCAAACUUUUUAUAUUAUAAAUAUAUUUAUAAUUUAUAUCUUAACUAUUAUUUUUUGAUGAUUUUACAAAUAUAUUUUGCACAUUUCACAUUAUGAUAAGCAAACCCACAAUCUGUACUAAGUAUAAAUGUCAAAAAUUAUUAUUUUUAUUAUAUACUAAGAAAAAAUGCUGGAUCUAAAUCAUUUUAUUUGGAGUUUUUGAUUAGUAGGGUUAUUAUACGGCAUUUUUACUAAGCUAACUUUUACUAUUUACGUCCUGUAAAAACAAAUAUUGUUAAUAGGAUUUUUGAUGGACAAUAUUUCAGACAUGUGGCAUAUUGAUUUAAAUGGUCUAAACUUCACAAUUUUUUUGGACUUAUUAUGGUGUUUUGGGUUAUGUGGUUUUUUGUCAUAUUAUUAUUAUAAUAGUUAAUUAUUUUUAAAGUAAGACAACUAUUGUGAAUAUUACUGUUAACUAAGUUACUUUAUUAUUAUUCAUAAAAAAAAAAAUGUAUCUAAUUAGGUAAUUUGAUUAUAGUAGAGUAACAAAAUAGGUAAUCUGGCUUUUUAAUUAUAAUAUGGAUUUUUUUCUUCAUAACAUAAUUCAACUUAAAAAAUACUUUUAAAAGUUUUAACUUAAUUUAAUUACAUUUUUCAGCUGAAAAAUUGAAAAAGUUAACUGAAGAACCAGUGACACAACCUUCAGUUUGUAUGAUGGAAAAUAUAGAACUAUUUGAUUAAUUGAUUUAUGGUUUGCAUAUAACUAAAUUAUAUCGUUUUCACAUCUAGAUAUAAUUUAAUAUAUUGGUUUAUUUAUGUUAUUUUUUUUAAAUUUAAUUAUUUAAUGAUUAACUUAAUUAAAAAAAAAUUCUUGAAUAUAAUUAACAAAAAUAAGCCUCUAUAUUCCUUUUAAAACAGUAUAUUUUAAAUAAUAAAAACAUGUGUAUUCAGUAAUGUAAUACUUUUGUAGAACAUUUUUGACAUUGUUUUUUUUUCUGUAGAAUUAAAAUAUAAACUUGACACUGAGAUUUUUGUAUUUUAUGUCACUAUUUGAUUAGUUAAAUAUAAGUCAAGUACAUAAUUAUUGUAUAGUAGUAAUAUAUUUUCUAUUUUAUUUAUGGCCUACAUAGCAUAUAUAUGUAUGUAUAUAUAUGCUGUAUUCUAUACUACUGAACCACAAUAGAUUAGUCUCCUUUAUAAACAACAACAUUUUUAUCAGUUUCAUAUAAUUUGAUUUUAUACAAUAAAUCAGGAUUAUUUAAGACUUUUUUUAACUGCUGCCAUAUAAAAAUAGCUACAUUUUCAGUUGUACUAACAUAAUCUUUAAAGUAAGGUACAUCCAUAUCCAAAUUUUUAUGAUCCAAUGUCUCCAGCACAGCAAAGUUAAUAUGCUUUUUUAAAUCUGCUAUGUUCAUAACCAUGCCAGUGGUUUCAUCAACUGGUCCUCUGACUGUUAUUUCAACUGUA